CAGGGAGAUGAGCGAGAGAACUGACAGACAUAGUCCUCUCUGUUACUGCAGACAACAGGAGUGUUUGACCAGCAGCAGCGACAAUGCCUGACAUGACAGAACGGAUUUAGUCACUGUAGCAAUUACGGCAACAAUUUAUAUGUUAGAGAAUAUCAGACGAUAUUGUAAUAUUGUUGAAGUGUUGUCUGGGAGAGGGUGGAGACAAUGGGAUGGCUGCUCUGCUCUGACUGAGUGAUGGUCUCUUACCUCACCUCUGGGCGCUGUCUCUGGCUGAACACUGGAUGCAAGGACGUCCAAGGAGGGAGGAAGGGACAGGAGACGAGCGGACCCUGCCUGCUGCUGGAGACUGGCUGCAUCAUGCCGCACCCUGUGUCACUGUGACGUUUACUAAUCUUCUCAGGAUCUCUGAAAGCAUUCUGUACUGAGUCUCCUCCUCACGCUUUGUGCACUGAAAUGGAGGAGUCUCUAGAGCUGGUGUGUUUCUACUGCAUCGUCUGCCAUGGCAUCCCCCAUUGGUACCCUAGAGAAUAAUCUGCACAGCGCCCAGAAGAACCUGCUCUUCCUCCAGCAGGACCAUGCCAAGACACUGAAAGGUCUACAUGCAGAGAUCCGCAGACUACAACAGCACUGUACAGACUUGACAUAUGAGCUGACAGUGAGAAGUUCAGAUCCAACAGACAGCAGUGAGGCACGCUGCAGGGAGCUACACAGUAAGUGUGAGGAGCUUGAGGCUCAGCUGAAAGUGAAGGAGGAGGAGAACACUGAGCUGCUGAGGGACCUGGAGCAGAAGAAUGCUAUGAUCUCUGUCCUAGAGAACACCAUCAAGGAAAGGGAGAAGAAGUACCUGGAGGAGCUGAAGAUGAAGAGCCACAAGCUGGCUGUUCUGUCUGGAGAGCUGGAGCAGAGAGCCAGCACCAUUGCCUACCUCACCUCUCAGCUCCACGCCACCAAGAAAAAGCUCCUGGCAGGCAGCUCCUCUGAGGCCAGCCCCAACGUCAGCCCUGUGAGCUCCUACAAGCCCUCCCCUCCCAAAGCCAAGGACCGUCAGUCUGGCCCUGAGACCCCUCUACGCCGCAUGAAGAAGAGCCUGUCUCAGCCGCUGCACUCUGAGUUAACCGAGCUGUACCGGCUGGGUUCUGACGGGAGGAGGAUGGUCCUACGGGAGGCGGUGGACGCCAUGCCCGACCCCACCCCAUUUCUGCAGGCAGCUCGAGACACGCCUGAUCUACAGAUGGUACGAGACCGGCCUGCCGUCAUCCCCCCCAUCGCCUGUGAUCGCUCGUCCAGCCCCCGCCACAGCCUGGCACGGGACCGUCAGCACCGGGCACACGUGGGCGUUGCACACCGCAUCCACCACAGCACCCCUCCACUAGUGCCGUCUCAGCCAGAGGUGGAGAUGCUGGCUGUGGACCAGGUCAAUGGGGACAAGGUGGUGAGAAAGCGAUCCGGGGCGGACAGAACAGUUUAACACACGACAAGAGCGGGAAGGAGCAUCACCUACUGUAUAAUCAGCUGCUUUUUAUGCAAUUCUGCAAUGAGCAAAAGAAAGUCAAAUGGGAUACAGACAAAAAAAGAAAAAUGUCACUUUCUUCACUUCAAAAAAACGUUUUUAAUAUGUAGACACGGACUACUGUAAGCAUGCCAAAUGUUUUGUUUUGAAACCCAUGUGACUUAAACAUCCUGUCCUUUUUGCAUGGUCUCUCAUCUCACUCCAUCUUACAUCGUGUGCAUAAACUUCUCCGCCAAACAUCUGCAUUAUUGCCUGCUUACCUGGUGAAUCCAAUACACAUCGUCAUAGUUAAUACUACAGUUAAGUUAUCCAUACUUCAUCUGGUCAGCAAUACUGUCCGGACAGAUAAACAAGCUAUAUGAAGUCUGUAGCUACUUACAUGUUAUAGAAGUUAACUUAUUAAACUAAUACUCCCUAAAUGUUCUUCAUCUUGUGAUGUUAAUACAUUAACAGAAACAAAUCACACAAAUGAAUUGGUAAUUGUCUAGUUAUCACACAAAUGAAUUGGUUACAUGUCAUGGGCAUUUCUAAGACAUAAUCUACACAGAACUGUCUGACCUAUGUGUCCGUGAUCUCUGUAAAUAUGUGAUGAAUUUUUUAUUUAUUGUUUGUUUUACUUUUAAUAUAGAAAAAUACAUCUCAAGUAUCGAAAAGUGGCAUAAUCACUUAUUGUCAUGCUUCUCACAUCACACUUACUCGUCCUUGAAUACUAUGUAUAUGACAAUAUAAUAAAGCAGUCUUUUUUAGUUA